CCCGCGACGCCUUGCCGCCUUGCCUGGUGGUGACAUUCAACGGGGACUUUGUGAACUAAACAAAAUGGCAGACGACGAAGAUGGGAAGGGCUACCGGUGGGAAACUGAAUAUGAGAGAACUUGGGAGGCCAUCAAAGAAGAUGACUCUGGUCUUCUGCAACCUAGCGUCCAGGACUAUGUCCACAGGACGAAGCGAAAGCAGAUGCUUUCCAAGAAGAACAUUAGACUCGGGAUGAUGAGGCAUCUGUAUCUCAUCAUCGAUUUCUCAGAAGCUAUGGCCGAACCUGAUCUAAAACCUUCGCGGCUGGUCGCUACGCUAAAGAUGCUAGAACUGUUCGUAGAGGAAUUUUUCUACCAGAACCCGAUUAGCAACCUGGGUAUCAUUUCCACGUUUAACAAAAAGGCAGAAAAGUUAGCAGAACUUGCAGGGAAUCCUCAGAAAAUGGUCGAGGUAUUGAAGUCGUCAACCACAAAGACACCGUGCGGGGAACCGUCGUUGCAGAAUUCAUUGGAACUGGCUUCUCAGGUAUUGAAGCAUUUGCCUUCCCAUACAAGCAGAGAAGUCCUCGUAAUUCUAGGCAGUUUAACAACGUGCGACCCUGGCGACAUCUACAGCACAAUAGAGAUGGUGAAAAAACAAAACGUCAGGUGCAGCGUCAUAGGCCUCGCUGCGGAGCUGCGUGUCUGUCGUGCCCUUACAAAGUCCACUGGAGGCACGUACGGCGUUAUACUGGAUGAGCCCCACUUCAAAGACCUCCUGUUCCAACAUGUGGCACCGCCUCCAGUUAUCGGAAACGCCGAGUCGUCGCUUAUCCGUAUGGGGUUUCCAUAUCACAGAAGCGAGGGAGAGGGAAAACCAUCAAUGUGCUUCUGUCAUCUUGAAAGCAAAAACCCGUCUGAAGGUUUUGGAACAGGCGGCUACUAUUGCCCCCAGUGUAACGGAAAGUACUGUGAACUUCCAGUGGAGUGCAAGGCGUGCAGGCUGACUCUGGUAUCUGCGCCUCACUUGGCAAGGUCGUUCCACCACCUCUUUGCUCUCGAUCCUUUCGAAGAAGUGCCUCAAGAUCAACUCUCCGAAAACACCGCAGUGUUUUGUGCCGCUUGUCAAAAUGAAAUUAAGGACAAGCACGUGUACACGUGCACCAAGUGCCAAGAGCUGUUUUGUCUCGAGUGCGACCUCUUCAUACACGACACCUUGCAUACCUGUCCAGGCUGUGCAAGUCACAAGGGAACUACGGUGUUGUGAUCUUCAUAAAGCGUGUAAAUAUUAAUGUAUUUACUCCUCGCGGUUGUCCUUGCUCCUUACAUCUACAGGGCAUGCAACGUUCUAGCAGUUAAUAUAUGUAAUUUGUGAAUGAGCAGUGCGGUGCUUCUCACAUUAACUGGGAUGUAUCAAAGGACACUGCUGGGUUGUUUGGACAUUGUUGGAACCCGGCUGCAGAUACGAACAAUUUGGUGCCACAAAUUGGUUAUAGUGAAUUGUGCUGGUCACCGCGGAAGAGCGUACAGUGCAUUGAGUGGGUACGUUACUGGUGUGUGUAUAUAAUACCAAUUUAUGCUGACUACACCAAAAAUGUGGGCCGUGUAGACUGAGACACGUGCUCAUUUUCGGUCACCUCUCUCUAUGUCCUCCUCUCAGUCACAUUCCAAGCCAUAAACAAUAAUAGCUGCCAAGGAAAUCCUUGAUCCUCUGUAAGCAAUCCUUGAUGAUGAAUGGAGCCUGGUAAGGAAGCUUCACUUCCUUUUAAUCAAACUGAAUCUAAGACUACAAAACAUGAAGCAAUGAUGCUUCAUUGCUUCAUGUUUUUAGUUUUAGACUCAGUUUGAUUAAAAGGGUUGAAAGUUAACCAAGUCAUAAACAAUAACAAGACUACAAAACAUGAAGCAAUGAUGCUUCAUUGCUUCAUGUUUCGUAUGGUGCUUCAUGCUUCAGUUUGAUUAAAAGGAAGCUUCACUUCCCUUUAAUCAAACUGGAUCUAAAACUACAACACAUGAAGCAACGAUGCUUCAUUGCUUCACGCUCAAGUUACGCUAAUUGUCACAGGAGCGCCGCCUCCCGUUUUCGACAAAUAGGGGGAAGAUGGUUGACUCGGAGCGCAGUGCGUGCUGAAGUUCUGUUUUAAGGCUGUAUGUGUAGGCAACAAUGGGCAACGCGAGACUGACGUGAGGGCUUUGAAAUGUUUUUGGUUUUCCAUUUUCGGUCGACACUCACACCACCUGGCAUGUAUGGCUUGGCAAACGAGUAGGGGCCGUUAAAUAAUGAUGAUGAUAAAGAGCGGAAUUAAAUAACGAUAAUACACGUGGCGAGCAAAAUUAGUUCCUGUGUAGUACACACAGGUGCUCGUGUUUUUCAACAGCACUGGACACGAUUGAGGGAUGGAUUGAUUUUUAUUAUUACUCACAUUCACCCUGAUUCAUGAAUGUGGAUCGUACUAACAGACUCAUCACAUGCACUAGAGCUUCAGACAGUGAGCAAGGGGUUCCUAACACACUUUGCUGUACUUUGAGGGGCCAGUGCCACUAGAUUCAUUGUCAUGGCAACGGGUGACAAUGCUUUACACAACCAUUCUAGUAUAUUUGUGUAUGGCACACAAUAAUCACAUCGAUAUUUGAGACAGAGAAGGCAAUAAAAACAUGCACACACACACACACGUGCCAACACAUUUGACGAGCGUCUUCGUAAUGUCUCAAGAGUCGAUACUUAAGACGUCUACAACGUUGAGCCGAAAUUGAGCCAACGUUGCCAAUGUCUGCAGAAAUUGAUAAAGGCAAAGGAACAUUUUCGUUGUUCAAGUUGAAGAAAUGUGAUUAUUACACUGUGCUUAUCCUCACAUGUUUGCAAUAGUGUUAUAAGUGCACGUGAAACAUACAAAAAUCACGAGUGAAAAAACAUCUAAAAAGAACUGUGAUAUUAUACACGCACUAGAAAGUACAGCAAUGUAACAGAACCCAAGAAAUGCACUUCAAUAGUUGUAGCACUUAUAGUUCUACACAGGUAGUCUUCACUGACAGUAUCCACUUCACAGUUAAUUACAGAAUGGUGUGUACCACAAAACUUGCACUAAACAACUGGACGAAAUUGUUCCGUGUCUGUUUCUGUACACGUUGCUGUAGCAACCUCGUUAAUCACACAUGUCACAUUAAUUAAUUAACCACACAUCAGCUUCACUAUACAUUGAGACUUCGCAAAUGUUUAAAGUAUGAAGGAAAUACAGUGAAACAAAAGCCGGUGAAGUGCUUGACUUCAUUUGAAGUCGAAUGUGGAACAAAAUAGUAUGGAUAUACUUAUGCGGGGUUUUCAAUUGGGGAACAUUGUGGCAAUAUGUAUUAGGUAAACACGUUUACUUGUGUUUACCUUGUAACACUUAUGUGCUAAUACAGUAAUCUGUAAUAUUGGAGACUGGUUUACUUACACUGCCUCACAGUCCAACUAUCAUUUAUUGUUACACCACACCAAAAAUAUGUACAGAAUCUAACUGAACCCGAAUCUAUAUGUAAUCACACUGAAAUCAAAAUAAAUCUUCGAGGUCAGCAUGA